UCCAACUAUAGGACGUAGGAGAAGACAAGGAUUUAAGAUACAGCAACAGGAUCACAGAGUUCAAAGUGAUGAAACUUUUUUGAGUUUUCUUCAACACCUUUUGGGAAUAUUAUUGCACGCGACGAAUGCGGACAUCCACUUAGAACUGGAAAUCAAACUCUGAGAAGAAAUGGCACAUCUACACCUGAUAUACCUCUUGGCUUUGGCCUUAGUGCACGUAGUUUGGUCCUCUGGUGUGUUUGAGCUGAAAAUUAAUUCAUUCCACACGGCGCAACGUAUCUGCAGGAGACACAGGGACUGUCACAUAUUUUUCAGAAUUUGCCUUAAACACCCGGAGGAUGUGAUCUCAGCGGAGCCGCCAUGCACCUUUGGCACCGGACACACCAACGUUAUCAGGGCUGAUCACACUUCGAUUUCCAGCAGUGCUCCCAUCAGGGUGCCUUUCCACUUCAAAUGGCCGGGAACAUUUUCGUUGAUUAUUGAAGCCUGGAACGCUGAAUCUCCGACUGAAUACACAGACAACCAAAACAACCUUGUGAGCCGCUUGGCGACCAGGAGGAGACUUGCCAUCGGCGAGGACUGGUCCCAGGACGUGCACUUUGGCGAGCAGAGCGAGCUGCGCUACUCCUACCACGUCUUCUGCGACGAGUACUACUUUGGAGACGGCUGUGCCGAGUACUGCAGGCCGAGAGACGACACACUGGGCCACUACACCUGCGAUGAGGAGGGCAACCGCAUCUGCCUGGAGGGCUGGAAGGGAAACUACUGCUCUGAGCCCAUCUGCUCGGCGGACUGCAGUGAAAAGCACGGCUACUGCGAGGCCCCAGGGGGCUGUACGUGUCGCAUGGGCUGGCAGGGCCCCUCCUGUAUUGAAUGCGUCCGCUACCCAGGCUGCCUCCAUGGGACGUGCAACCAGCCUUGGCAGUGUAACUGUCAGGAAGGCUGGGGGGGCCUCUUCUGCGACCAGGACCUCAACUACUGCACCAACCACAAGCCCUGUGCCAAUGGAGCAACAUGCACCAACACGGGCCAGGGGAGCUACACCUGCACCUGCCGGCCCGGCUUCGGAGGUACUAACUGUGAGCUGGAAACCAACGAGUGUGACAGCAACCCCUGCAAGAACGGAGGCAGCUGCAAUGACCUGGAGAACGACUACUCAUGCACCUGCCCACAGGGAUUCUACGGUAAGAACUGCGAGAUCAUUGCCAUGACUUGUGCAGACGGUCCCUGCUUCAACGGCGGCACCUGUGUGGAGACGAUGACUGGAGGCUACACCUGCCGCUGCCCACCCAGCUACACCGGCUCCAACUGUGAGAAGAAGCUGGACCGCUGCAGCAACAGACCCUGUCUGAACAGUGGUGAGUGUCUGGACCUCGGCCAGAGCGUCUUGUGCCGUUGUCAGGCAGGCUUCACCGGUGCCAACUGCCAGGUCAACAUUGACGACUGCGCUUCAACCCCCUGCCAAAAUGCCGGAACCUGCCAAGACGGUGUGAAUGACUACACCUGCUCUUGCACCCUGGGGUACACCGGCAAGAACUGCAGCGUGAGGUCAGAUGCUUGUGGCGCCCUCCCAUGCCAGAAUGGUGGCACUUGCUUCACCCACUUCACUGGGCCGGUGUGCCAGUGCCCUAAAGGCUUUAUGGGUCCGAGCUGUGAGUUCACGCUCCAGCCCAGUUUCAAGCCCGCUUUGCGCCAAACCUCCCAGCCCUCCUCCGCCACCCUCACCAUCUCCUGUAUUCUGGCCAUCCUGGUGCUGGUUCUGGUGGCGGGUAUUAUCUUCUUGAGGAGGAGGAGGAGACUACAGGGAAGGAAGCAGCUGAGCGACAUUGCAGUCUACAAUGACUUGGAGACGGUCAACAACCUGGGAGGAAGCGAAAGAGAAGCCUUCCUCAGUCCUAACGGCCUGUUCAAGAUCAGCAACGGCACGGCUCGUCUUAGCCUCUCCCUCUGCCCAGAAGGAAGAUCUGGGUACAGGCACAGUCCUGUGGAGAGUAGCCUGGCCAGAGAUGAGCGUCAGGAUUUUAUGUGGAGGGACGAAGCUGGCCUGGGCUCUGGGGCAGGGCUGAGAUGAAACAGACAGAAAACAUGGACGUUCACACAGGGGUAAAGGAAUAUUAGCACUUGUUGCUCCUCUCUCUUCACGCACAGUGAAGAAAGGAGCAAAUCCAUGAGUUGGAAACCACUCUGCUUAUGCAGAAGAUAACGUACCAUUAAAAAUGUAAGCAUAAAAAACAAAAUAUUGACAGAUGAACUAUUCUGAUGAAGUUGAUUUUACAAAGAUUUUUGAAUAAGUAUAUGGGGCAAAGCUCUUUCAUGUUUAAGAUCCAAAGAAACAAAUAAUCCGAUCCACUUUUCAUAGGACCUACAACACAAACCAAAUACAGGAAGUCACAAUACUCCGACCACCUUUGGAAAACCUGCCCAAAAUAUGUAUUAAUGGGUUAAUGUUAUAAAUAUGUUCACUUUGUUUGAUUGUUUCUCAUUUUUUAAACUCUUAAUUUUUGUUUUGCGUUUCAAUCUUCCUUUGGACAUUAUUUCCUUAUUGUGCGUACCAUCAUUUUUAUUAUUUAUAUUAUUUAUUUAUUUGAAAACUUAUGUUUAUGGCUUCACUUCGAUUGUCACAGAUGUAGAGAUAUAUUUAUAUGAUUCUGAAUGAAGACCGACACUUGAUGUACCUGGAUGUUUUAUGGGCUGUGUGAAAUAUCUCAAAAUUAUUCAGUGCAGGGAUAUGAGGAAAAUGUGCUUUAUCACACAAAGCCAGCUAUUACUGUAAUUUAUAUAUCUAUAGUUUAUUUACUACUGAUCAUAUUGCUCUUUCAUGUGCCAUUUUGUGUUCAUGCCAAAGUUUGUGUUAUGUUACAUGUUCUCAUUCAUACUAUUUAAUUUCAAAAUGUUGUGGUUGUGAUGUGGAAUAAACUAUUUGCUUUGA